AUGAACAUGGUUUCAGUCUGUGGCGUCAUCUUUCUAGCGCGAAGUGCAAUUGGUCGGAAACCUCUCAGGACAACGAUGGAGAUGAACGAAGGAACACCAGAGCGGCGUGCAGACAGUGAGCAGGAGACGGCGAUGAAUAUGGGCGAGGUGCUGCAAUCGCUGAACUCGGCAUACGAUCUGAAACUGGCUGAGACCGAAAUGCAGCUCGCUGUUAACGAUAAGUUGCUGGAAUGCAUGGGGAAUGAGGGGGCGAAGAUCGAGCGGGAAACGAGCGCGGCCCAGCGAAACAACGAGCAGAUACGAGAUGAGGAGCGGAGCAUGGAAAAAAAGGUGGACGAGCUCAUUGAACGUGUGAACGAGCACUGCGUGGAAGUGGAGGAGUUGCAGAAGAAGGAGCGUGACAUUACAGCGGAAAAAAAUGAAGUUGAGGCACUGAUGUGCGAUGCCCAGCAAGCAGUUCAUAAGGAUCUCGAAAAGCUGAGCAUAAUUAGCGAAGGAGCACGAAAACAUCUGGCAAGCAUUCCCAGUGCAUUGCAAAUCGACUGCGAUGGUAUCAUCGUUCUCUCUAUUAAAAUAGUGCAGAAAAUCAAUUUGUUCUUUGCUCUUUUUGUAGCUUUUCAGAGGAAUUCGAAGAAGCAAGUUUUUUGGGCCUACGGUAUUCUUUCUGAGAAAAAACUGCAGAGUAGUUCUUUUGGAGGUUAA